UGCAGCAACAAUUAACGCACAAUUUAUCAUAAGUCGAGUUUCUGACAUGCCAAGUUUAUUAUUAUUUGUUUACAUAGUGCCCCAUGUGUUAACGGAGCAGUUAGUACAUGUACCGUCGCUACAUUCCCCCCAAAUAAAAUCGUUCGACAACACAUGAAUGAACACAGUAUAGAUAUGUUGAAAAAAUGGAUUAUAUACUGGUAAUUCGGAAAUAAUAUUUACAUUCUAUUGUACAAAUGAUAAGUAUGUUGAUGUGUGUGGUGUAUUUAAACGACACGGACAAUUAUUUGUAAAAAAAAUCAAUUUUACAGUCUUAAGACUUUUUGAUAAAUGCUUAAAGAUUAUGUCGCCUGUCUCCAAUAGUAAGGAUUAUUGAGUAAUAAGUUUGGAUAGUGUUUUAUGGUAAUUACAACAAAUAUUUGUCGUAUUUCAAGUGAUGUUUUUCUGACAUGAAGGAAACUAAUUUGAUAGGAAAAUGUUGACUGGAAUUUUGAGUGUGACUAUUAUAGGGUUGUGUUAUUGCCUUGAGAAAGCACCAGAACCGGUGGAAAAUCGUCUUCAUCACGAUCUUCUCCACGUUCGUUCAUACAGUAAACUCAUCCGACCUGUUGAUAGUAAUCUACAACGGCUUACUGUUAAAGUAGGCUUACGUCUAUCUCAGCUUCUAGAUAUGGAUGAGAAGAAUCAGAUUAUGACAACAAGUGUUUGGCUUCGGCAGGAGUGGUUUGAUCAGCGUUUAAAAUGGAAUCCAAGUGAAUAUGGAGGCAUCAAAAUGACGCAUAUCCCAUCUGAUCAUCUUUGGCGUCCUGAUAUGCUUCUUUACAACAAUGCUGAUGGUGAUUUUGUUGUUACUUUGCUAACAAAAGCUACUGUACAUUUUGAUGGGAAGAUUAUUUGGGAACCGCCUGUCAUAUACAAGAGUUACUGUCCAAUUGAUGUGGAAUAUUUCCCUUUUGACAUGCAGGAAUGUUUUAUGAAAUUUGGUUCUUGGACAUAUGAUGGACACGAGCUGGACUUACAACAUAUAUGUGAUGCACAAGCUGUAUAUAAUGAAGAAACAAAAGAAAAAGUUAUUACAUGGGGAAUUGAUAUAAAAGAUUUUUACCCAAACGUUGAAUGGGAUAUAAUAAACGUAACAGCUAGGCGGAAAGAAAAAUUUUAUCCGUGUUGCCCAGAACCGUAUCCUGAUAUUACAUUUAAUAUUACACUGAGGAGACGUACCUUAUUUUAUUCCUUAAAUCUGAUUAUGCCAUGUGUAUCUAUAUCAUGUUUAACUGUGUUGGUGUUUUAUCUUCCAUCAGAUAGUGGAGAAAAGAUCACGCUAUCAAUUUCAAUAUUGCUGGCGUUGACUGUGUUUUUCCUGCUGCUUUCUGAUAUUAAUCCUCCAACUUCAUUUGUCAUACCUCUUAUAGGUAAAUAUUUACUUUUUACUAUGAUAGUUGUGACUAUGUCCAUAUUUUUAGCUGUGUAUACCUUAGGAAUUAAUUUUCGUCGGCCUGCGACUCAUAGAAUGAGUCCAUGGGUGAGACGUGUGUUUACAGAAAUAUUACCCAGAAUUCUUUUAAUGCGUAGACCGGAUAUGGAACGGACAACUAGAGUGCCUAUUCGAACUUGUAACGGGAUAGAAAUGCGUGAUGUUAGAGACAUUUAUUCCAGUUCACAAGCGUCUUCUCAUAGCAAAGAGUGGACAACAGAAACUACAUAUGAGAACACUCAAUCUAACAGUGACUUAACAAAAUACCCAAGAGAAAUUAGAGAGGCGUUUCAAGGAGUUAUAUCUAUAGCAGAUCAUCUAAAAACUGAGGAUGAAGAAAAUUCUGAAGCACGUGACUGGAAGUAUAUUGCCAUGGUGAUGGACCGUUUGUUUCUAUAUAUUUUUACAACUGCAUGUGUAUGCGGAACACUCAGUAUAUUUCUAUAUGCUCCCUCCCUUUAUGAUUCACGUCCACCGUUAAGUUCUGACAAAAGGUAUGGGAACUGCACUUACUAAAUGCAUUUGAUUCGGUUUUUUGCAUUUUGCUUACGAGGUUGCUGUAUUGAAAUUUAACAAAGCUUUACAAGUUUUGAUAAUCAAAAUAUCCAAAUUCAUCCAUUAGUAAGUCCAUGGCAUUGUAUACUUAGAAGGUUGUACCAAAUGGAAUAACAUGUAAUAAUAUUGCGGUAAUGACUUAAAUAUCGGUACAAUUUGUAAAUCAUUCUGAAAAAAAUUCAAACUGUCAAUAAACAUUUUCAUCAUAAACUUAAAAUCGCAAAAAUAUGUUCUAUAACCAGAAAAUUUAUCACCAGAAUACUUAAACAACACAAACUUUCUUUGAUAAGAAUCGUAUUUAAUGAUUUGUUGCACUUUUUAUAUCCAUUUCUUUGAAGUAUAUUAUCAACAGAUAUAAGAUUGAUUAUUUUUCUAUAUUUCUCAUAACAUGAGUGCGUUCGUUAAAUCAUCUAUCGUAUUGACACAACUUAAUCUGUUUAUUUUUCCUAUACGUCAUAAGAAAAUUUGUACAACGAAAUAUUACUUGAAAAUAAUAUAUUAAAGAUGAUAUUUUGUAA